AUGUCCCUCACCCUACAUCGAUCGAAAAAUAAUAUUGGGAAACUUUUGGUUUCCCAUGUUCCCAAAUUUUGGCGCAUAUUGAGAAUGAGCGCCGGAAUUUGCAGUAAUCGAUGGAUUACUGGAAAUCCAAAGGGUCACUUGUUCACUUUGGCAAUAUCCACAAACAUCUCUAUAGUGACAUCGCUGAUUUUGAUAACUGCAUGCCACAACAGAACUCAUCGCAACAUGAGCCAUCUCGUUAGACAACAACUGCAUCGACUACCGCCUGCAGCUCCCGAUUGGAUUGUGCUGAAGUCAUUCACUCUUGCAUUCACGGCAAUGAUAAUAUCCUGUUUAUCAGUGUUGAACUUUAGUCUGGCCGUGUUUGUGUCGUCAAUGGUCGUAAUACCAUUUUCACUAUUUCAGCCAAUGUCAAAUGGUUUUUCUUUCGUGAAUUCAUCAGGAACAUCCGAAUCAUCACCUUCCGAUGAUUCGGAAUCCACCAUCAAAACAGAAUCUUUCGAGAACGGAGAUUCCCCGAGAUCUGGCUCAUCUACCGAAGCCCCAUCAAAGAAAGAUUCGGUUUCAGAAAAUGUUUCAUUGACUCAAAUAGGUCGAUUAUUAUCCAGAGAUUUGAUCAACAUUUUACAGCUAUUGAUAUUGAUUAUGAUCUCACCGCCGGGAAUAUUGAUCAUAUCUGGUACAAACCUAGAUGAAUUUUUGAGUUGGGUUAUAAUGGAAUAUGAACUGUUUGGUAGCUAUUUGUUACCAUUCAUUUGUUGUUUGUAUUGGCCAAAUAUUUUAAUCUAUGCGGUUAUUAUAUUCUCGCCAAUCAAAUAG